ACCGAAAACGAUAGGAGAAGUUUUUUUUUUUUUUAAGUGAGGAAUGUUUGCGUAGGAAAUAAUUGUUCCACUGUUUAUAUGUUGUCCCAUCGUUGAUUAGGAUGGAUUUCCCUCAAGAGGAUGUGGAUGCUGUCAGUGAAAAUCAGACAGGCAGAGCAACAUCUUUCCAGCCACAUCUGUCAAGCCACACAUCCCUGAAGAAUGAGGAGCCUGUUACUCCUCAAGUCAGCGAAGGACAAGUACUAGCAGGACCACAGACUCACAGACCAGUGUCUCCAGUGCCCAGCUGUGUGUCUAUGAAGAGUGACUGGUCCAUGGCUGAGCAUCCCAAUUUCAGCAGAGGACCACCACAGUCUGAUCCAAAACCACAGACACACAGACCAGUGUCUCCAGUGCCCAGCUGUGUGUCCAUGAAGAGUGACUGGUCCAUGGCUGAGCAUCCCAAUUUCAGCAGAGGACCACCACAGUCUGAUCCAAAACCACAGACACACAGACCAGUGUCUCCAGUGCCCAGCUGUGUGUCCAUGAAGAGUGACUGGUCCAUGGCGGAGCAUCCCAAUUUCAGCAGAGGACCACCACAGUCUGAUCCAAAUGGGUUUAAAAAUACCCUGACCCAAGAUCAGGGUAGGUGUGGAGUGUGUGAGCAGUUACUGAGGAACCCAGUCAUCACCAGCUGUGGAUGUAGUUUCUGCAGGCAGUGCAUCAGUACCUAUUGGUGCCAAUCUGAUCCAUCAGGAGACUACAGCUGCCGCAAGUGCAGGAAGAGAUCCAGAACACAACCCCUUCUACAACCUCCAGUCAAAAGAGCCAAGCUAAUAGGUGAGGAUGUCCUGAAAAGAGUAAUGAUGACCCAUAAAGCCAGUAUGAAGAGGAGGUUUGAGAGCAUAUGUGAAGGCAUCAUAAGGUCGGGGACUCAAACACUCCUGAACGAGAUCUACACAGAGCUCUAUAUCACAGAGGGAGAGAGCGAAGGGGUGAAUAAUGAGCAUGAGGUUUGGCAGGUAGAGUCAGCAUCCAGGCCACAAACCACAGAAGAUACAGCAAUAAACUGCAAUGAUAUCUUCAGGCCUUUACCUGGACAGGAGAGACUAAUCAAAACUGUCAUGACCAAGGGGAUUGCUGGUAUUGGAAAAACGUUCUCAGUGCAGAAGUUUAUCCUCGACUGGGCAGAGGAGAGAGCUAACCAGGAUGUAGAUUUCAUGUUUGUGCUUCCGUUCCGUGAGCUGAAUUUGGUCAAAAAUGAUCAGUACAGUCUUCACAAGCUCUUGCUUGACUUCCACCCUGAGCUUGGGGAGCUACAAGAUGGUGAAUACAAAGACUGCCACAUUGUGUUCAUCUUUGAUGGUCUGGAUGAGAAUCGACUUCCAAUGAAUUUCCAAGGGAACCAGAAGUUGUCUGAUGUGACACAAACAUCCUCAGUGAGUGUGCUGAUGACGAGCCUCAUUCAGGGAACUCUGCUACCCUCUGCUCUCCUCUGGAUAACCUCCCGACCAGCAGCAGCCAGUCAGAUCCCUUCUCAGUGCAUCAGUCAGGUGACAGAGGUGCGAGGAUUCAAUGACCCACAGAAGGAAGAGUACUUCAGGAAAAGGAUCAGUGACCAAAAUCAAGCCAACAGAAUCAUCUCCCAUAUUAAGUCAUCCAGGAGUCUCCACAUCAUGUGCCACAUGCCAGUUUUCUGUUGGAUCUCAGCCACUGUCCUUCAGCAGAUAAUGGCACAGGAUGAUGGGAAGGAAGCCCCCAAAACUUUGACUGAGAUGUUCAUACACUUUCUGCUCAUCCAGACCACCAGGAAGAACCAGAAGUAUCAAGAGGAAAGUGAGACAGAUAGACAGAGGCUCCUGGAAUCACAUAAGGAUGUCAUUGCGAAACUGGCAGAGUUGGCUUUCAAGCAUCUGGAAAAUGGCAAUCUCUUGUUCUAUGAGGAAGACCUGAGAGAGUGUGGCAUUGAUGUCAGUGAAGCCUCAGUGUACUCUGGCAUGUGCACUGAGAUUUUCAGAGAGGAAUGUGUGUUUCACCACAAAAAGGUCUAUUGCUUUAUUCAUCUGAGCAUCCAAGAGUUUCUUGCUGCACUGCAUGUGUUUGCCUCCCAUCUAAAAAAGAGCACAUUGGCCUUGGAAACAAUUAUCAGCAGAACAUCCUUGAAAGAAGAGGAUCAUCAUAGAGGUCACAGUGAUGAGGAGGAGGAGGAGGAAGAUGAUGAAGAGGAUGCGGAGGAAGAAGAGGAGGAGGAGGAAGAAGAAGUGGAGGAUGAAGAAGAGGAGAGUGAUUAUGAUCAUUAUGAUGAUCAUUAUGAUUAUGAUGAUGAUUAUUAUGAAGAUUGUAAUUUGUAUCAUAUGUUGAAAGGAGAAGUGGAUAAGGCUUCAGACAGCAAGAGUGGACACCUGGACCUUUAUCUCCGCUUCCUUGUAGGCAUCUCAGUGGAGCGCAAUCAAGCUCUUUUACAAGGCUUGUUCUCAAACACCAGCAACAGCUCAGAGAGCAUCAAGAGCACAUGUAAAUACAUCAAGGACCUCCAGUGGAAGGACGGAUCUCCUGAAAGAUACAUCAAUCUUUUCCACUGCUUGUUUGAAAUGAAUGAUCAUUCCCUACAUGAAGAAGUCCAAAAAUAUCUGACACAUCCUGAUGGCUUCCCGGGGGAAUUAUCACCUGCGCACUGUUCAGCACUGGCCCACAUGCUUCUGAUGUCUGAGGAGGUGCUGGAUGAGUUGGACUUGAGUAAAUACAGAACAUCUGAGGAGGGACGGAGGAGACUGCUGCCAGCUAUGAGAUGCUGCAGAAAAGCUUUACUUGCUGGCUGUCAGCUAACAGAGAAGUCCUGUGAAAUUGUGGUCUCAGCUCUGCAGUCUACAAACUCCCUUCUAAGAGAGCUGGACCUGAGCCAGAACGACCUGUGGGAGACAGGAGAAAAACUGUCUGAUGCUCUUCAGAGUCCAAACUGCAAACUGGAGACACUGAGACUUGUUGGCUGUAAACUGAGAGGAAGAUUUUUAGCCUUGACUCUUCAGGGGGCAAAUCCCUACCUAAAAGAGUUGGACAUUAGUGACAGUGAGCUUUGGGACUGUGGAGGAGAACUGCUUCAUCAAUCUCUGAAUCAAGACUGUAAAGUGAGACUCAUCAGCAGUAAAAUGAAACUCAGCUCCUCAGAGUUAGUGGCCUCAAUUUUGCAGUCAUAUAUUUCUAAACUGAGAGAGUUGGACUUGAGUGGCUGUGAUCUGCAAGCAUCAGAAGAUAAGUUGCUCUCUUGUCUUAGAAACCCAAACUGCCAGCUGGAGAAACUGGGACUUGUUGGCUGUAAGCUUACAAAGUCCUGGGAGAUUGUGGCCUCAGCUCUGCAGUCAGUCAGAGAUCUAGAUCUGAGUCAGAAUGACCUACGGGAGUCAAGAGAAACACUAGAGAGUCCAUACUACAAUUGGGAGACACUGAGACGUUUUGCCUAUAAGCUUGUGGUCCCAGUUCUGCAGUCUGCAAACCCCUGUUUGAGUCAGAAUGACCUACAGGAGUCAAGAGAAAAGCUGCUCUCUGCUCUACAGAGUCCAAACUGCAAACUGGAGACAUUGAGACUUGCUGACUGUAAGCUUACAGAGAAGUCCUGUGAGGUUGUGGCCUUAGUUGUGCAGUCUGCAAACUGUCCCUUAAGAGAGUUGGACCUGAGUCAGAAUGACCUGCUGGAGUCAGGAGAGAAACUGCGAUCUGCUCUACACAGUCCGAACUGCAAACUGGAGACACUGAGACUUGCUGGCUGUAUACUAAUAGAGAAAUCCUGUGAGAUUGUGGCCUCAGCUCUGCAGUCUGCAAACUCCUCCUUGAGGGAGCUGGAUAUCAGUCAGAAUAACCUGCAGAAGGCAGGAGACAAACUGCUUUCUGCUCUAUACAGUCCAAACUGCAAACUGAAGACACUGAGACUUGUUGGCUGUGAAUUGAGAGGAAGAUUUUUGGCCUUGGCUCACCACGGGGCAAACCCCCACCUAAGAGAGCUGGACAUGAGUGACUGUGAGCUUCAGGACUCAGGAGGAGAACUGCUCCAUCAACCACUGAAUCAAGACUGUGAAGUGAGACUUACCAGGUGUAGACUCAAAAACAGCUCCUCUGAGGCUGUAGUCUCAGUUCUGCAGUCAUAUAUUUCUCGACUGAGAGAGUUGGACAUUAAUGGCGGUGAUCUACGAACAUCAGAAGAGAAACUGCUCUCUGGUCUUAGAAACCCAAACUGCCAACUGGAGAAACUGAGACUUGUUGGUUGUAAACUGUCAGAGGAAUUCUUUGAGAAUGUAGCCUCUGCUGUGCAGCACAUGGUCUCCCUGACAGAACUGGACCUGAGUGGCAAUCAUAUAAACAUCACUGGAAUUCAACUUCUGAGUGCACUGAAAAGUGACAGUAAGCUGCAGAUAUUGAGACAUGGCCAUGGAGAACUGAGAAAAUAUGCUGGUCGGCUCACACUGGACGCAAACACAGCAAACAGAACUCUCUCUCUCUCUGAGGGGAACACAAAGGUGGUAUCUUUUCCAGCCCACUCAUAUUUAUUUCACCAGUACUCACGGGUGAAUGAGGGUCUGUCUGGAGACGACCUAGAGAGCUUCGACAGUCUGGGUCAUAGUGGAGUCAGCACAAGUUUGCCUGGAGGACGUCACUACUGGGAGGCUGAUAAGAAUGACUUGUGCAACUUAUUUGACCAGCACUCUCUGUCAAACAGAACUCUCUCACUCUCUCUGAACGGAAAGCUGACACAUGAGCCACAGCCAUUCCCUUACCAGUACCAGUACGCUCAGGUUCUGUGUAGAGAGGGUCUGUCUGGAGACGACCCAGAGAGCUUCGACAGUCUGGGUCAUAGUUUAGUCAGCACAAGUCUGUCUGGAGGACGCCACUACUGGGAGGCUGAAUGGAGUGGUGAGGAAGUCUAUAUAGCAGUGGCAUAUAAAAGCACCCUGUGGAGGGAUGACUGUAAGUUUGGACAUAAUGACAAGUCCUGGAGUUUGCGCUGCACUCGUGACCAUUACUCUGCCUGGCACAAUAAUAAGGAGACUGUUAUACCUGCCCCCUCCUCCGGCUCCGGCAGAAUCGGAGUGUACCUGGCCUGGUCAGCAGGCACCCUGUCCUUCUACAGCGUCUCCUCUGAAACACUCACCCACCUGCACACGUUCCAAUCCACAUUCACUGAGCCCCUCUAUCCUGGGUUUAGGUUGAUGUCUUUUAAUUCCCGCAAUUCAGUGGCCCUGUGCCAGAUCACAUAACCUAAUCUUGCAGGAGAGAAGAGCCACACACUCCUUCUCUUGCCUCCUAUGUGCAGCAUCUUCCCUAAAGACUUUCUAAUAAGGAUACAUAGAAAUGCAUAAGAUUAGUUUGUAACACUAAUAUGGCGGUUGUCUAGACAUAUCCUGCCCCUUCCUGUAUGCCUUGAAGGUCUCCCCUUUCACUGUUACCCCUAUGUUUUCUGCUCCCUCUGUUUCUCUGUGUGUAUGUGUGUGUGUGUGUGUGUGUGUGUGUGUGUGUGUAUGCAUGAAUGUGUGUUGCUUCUCUUACUUCUUUUUCUGGCUUCCUCUCUGCAGUAGAUCUCAGAUGUGAGAUCUCGCGUGACAUUUCUGUGCUUCUGAUGGGGUUGCGGUCUCCAAUUGAUUUUACGUGUAUACUAACUAUUACAAAGUUUACAGACUGAUUGGUGCUUUGUUUUAUGUGUAGACACCUAGAGCAAGCUACUGAUGAGGUUUGGUGCUGUUUUGAGCAAUGUUAGUGGUUGCUAACCCACUGUUUGCUAUUUUGGACUGUAGCUCCUGCCCGUGCUAGCUCUGUACUGCGUGAUGAGCGAAAAUUACUUCCUCCACGGCUUAGUUGAUGUAUUUUCAUUCAGAAAAUAGCAUUUUUUUCAAUUUCCGCCAAACUUACACUUUAAUGUAGUCAACAUUUUAAAACUAUUCACUGUUAAUUUUUAUGUAUUGUUUUUAUUUGUAAGUCGCUUUGGACAAAAGUGUCAUAUAACAUAUCCAUAUAACUGUAACAAUAAUAAUCAUCAUCAUCAUCAAUAUAUAAUAUAUAUAAAAAGUACUAAGAAAUGUGAUAUUGAACAACAUAAAUCAAUAUUUUCUUAAAAUGGUAUUGAUUUCACAUAAAAGUGGCAAUCAGAAUCUUGUGAGCUUGUGAGCAGGAGAGAGGGAGAGAGAAUAUUUUUAUUCUUUAAUAAUAAUGUAGCGUGCCUAAGUUCUUAAAAAGUUUGUGGGCACAGUUAAUGUGUUAGAUGUUCUGAUAGGCUCUGUUGCUGGGCCAAUGGUUGGGGUGCCACCCCCUUCCGGGGGGUGUGAUGUGUGUGUUUUGGGGGGAAUGAGUGUGGAGAUGAGGAGACGUGUGUGAGUUGGGCUCCUGCAUUCUGUGCAUGUCAAGAGUUCUUGUGCCGUGGCUGUAGCCGACAACAGUCAUUAUUAAAAGUACCGGUUUGUGAUAAA